AUGACAACCCAUACUUUGAGUAAAAUUCGUGCCGUAUGUUCACUUCCUACCAUGUAUUUUUCCUAGAACUAAUAUAAAGCUUUGCAGCGACGUCUAGUGACCAUUUUACUACGAGAUAACAUACGAAAGGGGUGUUUAUAACUACAAAAACAGAGCUGAAAGGCUUUGAAGAGGGGUGCUACAUAUCGUGAAGGGUUUGGACGACGAAGAGAGGUACUGGAGAGGUUCACAGAACGGUGAGAGGUAAGGGAAACGUUUGGCAGCCGGCUGCUAAUAAGGAAAGUGGCUGACAACCGGUUGGCAAUAAGAAAUACCUAUUAUAGGCGGCUGGCAAUAAAGAAAGAUACGAAAAACGAAGCCGCUGAAGGCACCGAAGCUACAGAUCCUCUCGCAAACCCGACGGAAACCCGAAGACCUCUCCCAGCGACGAGACGUCAUACACUCAACCCCCUCCACCACCCCCCCCUCAUAGACCGUUCAAAACGACGAGCCCGCCAGCCACCGCCUCUACCAGCUCCCAGCCAGAGCACCCACGAAAUAGCACGCGUACUCACGAGCACGGCGGCAAAAUAG